AUGAAUCAGCGGCCCAAACUCAGAUCGCCACCACCUUCCUCCGUCGCAUCGUCCUCCCCUACUACACCAACCUCACCAAAUCUGAACUGGGGCAAAGCUAAAACACUUCUCAAAAUGCCCCGGAAAUCUUUCAUAAAACCCACUCUUAUCCUAGCCUCCCUUCUCACCAUCUUUGCCCUCUACACAUUCCUCUUCUACACUCCUCCCAAUUACAACAAUAUUAAUAAUUCUAAUUUACUUACUUUUUCUAGUAAAUUUGACGCAGGGAUUGAUAAUUCUAACGUCAAUAAGGUGAAAAUAUAUAUGUAUGACUUGCCGAGGAUAUUUACUUACGGGGUGAUUGAGAACUAUGCGGCGGCGCGUGGAGGAGUGCCGGUGGGCGAUGAUGCGCUGUUGAAGUACCCGGGGAACCAGCACUCAGCUGAGUGGUACUUGUUCUCUGAUUUGAAUCGGCCAAGCGAGGACCGUAUCGAGUCGGCUGUGAUUCGGGUCAUGGACCCCGAGGAUGCAGACCUUUUCUACGUGCCCUUUUUCUCGUCGCUGAGCCUCGUGGUCAAUCCGAUCCGACCCGCUAAUGCAAAGGACCCUGCGGAUAGACCUAGGUACAAUGAUGAGCAAAUGCAGGAGGGUUUGAUGGAGUGGUUGGAGGAGCAGGAGUACUGGAAGAGGAAUAAUGGGUGGGAUCAUGUAUUCAUAUGUCAGGAUCCCAAUGCUUUAUACAAGAUUAUUGAUAGGGUGAGGAACGGGGUGCUCUUGGUUUCAGAUUUUGGGAGGUUGGGUCGCAAUCAGGCAUCCCUCAUUAAGGAUGUGAUCUUGCCAUAUUCACAUCGCAUUAAUACCUACAAUGGGGAUGUAGGGGUUGGGAAUCGCAAGUCCCUGCUGUUCUUUAUGGGGAAUCGAUAUAGAAAAGAGGGUGGGAAGAUCCGCGACUUGCUUUUCCAAGUUCUUGAGAAGGAGAAGGAUGUUAUUAUAAAACAUGGUGCGCAGUCUAGGGAGAGUCGACGUGCGGCAACACGAGGAAUGCACACGUCAAAAUUCUGUUUACAUCCAGCUGGUGAUACUCCAUCAGCUUGUCGACUUUUUGAUGCUAUUGUCAGCUUGUGCAUUCCUGUUAUUGUAAGCGAUUACAUUGAGUUGCCUUUUGAAGAUGUUAUAAACUACAGAAAUAUUGCUGUUUUCGUGGAUACCGACACAGCUGUUAAGCCUGGAUACUUGGUUAAAUCCCUUAGAAGGGUGAGCACAGAGAGGAUUCUGGAAUUCCAAAAAGAGUUGAAAGAGGUAAAACGAUACUUUGAGUACGAGGAUCCAAAUGGAACUGUGAAAGAAAUCUGGCACCAAGUCUCUUCGAAGCUACCUCUUAUCAAGCUCAUGACCAAUCGUGACAAAAGACUUGUGGUGCGGCAGGAGUUGGCUGAACCAGAUUGCUCAUGUCUUUGCUCGAACCAAUUUUAUGGAAUUAAUUUUUGUACCAAAUUCCUCGGAGGAAAUCGCCCAUUCCUCGAAUCUGGAGAUGGGUUGAUCAAGGUACAAAAUGUGCAGCAGGGGAUUCAAGCAACUACAGGCCAAUGA